CUUUGCUUCUCACCUCCCCACGGAUGCCUCAGUCUCCCCUCCUGAGAGAGGCAGGGGUGCAGGAAGUGAGGAGCUACAGGGACCACAGGACGUGUGGGCCCUCUGGGGACACCAUACCCCUCUGACAGGAUCAAUCACCCUAAGCCUGUCUGAGGAGCUCUGGGCUUAGGAGCAGCUGUGAAAGCCUCCUUUGUGCCUGAGAAGAAUGAGCCACGAGAGGACGGGGGACCCUGGCCCAGGGAACCCCUUGGGCCCCAGCUCCUGAGAUCAGCAUCGGCAGGGAGGACCCCAGCCGGGCCCCCCAAGGCCCACCCAGGCCUGGUGCCCGCUUUGUGCCAUGGGAGCAGUCCAUGGGAAGAAGAAAGAAUACUCUCCUCAGGCUAUAUUUCAUAAUGAAAAUGAGAAGCAGAGACUAAAUGGCUCAGCCUCGAUGUACUCUGAGAUCCAGAGAGAGCGAGCGGACAUCGGGAGCCUGAUGGCCCGGCCCGAGUAUAGAGAGUGGAACCCAGAGCUCAUCAAGCCCAAGAAGCUGCUGAACCCUGUGAAGGCCUCCCGGAGUCACCAGGAGCUCCACAGAGAGCUACUCAUGAACCACAGAAGGGGCCUGGGCGUGGACAGCAAGCCGGAGCUGCAGCGUGUCCUGGAGCACCGCAGGCGGAACCAGCUCAUCAAGAAGAAGAAGGAAGAGCUAGAAGCCAAGAGGCUGCAGUGCCCCUUUGAGCAGGAGCUGCUGAGACGGCAGCAGAGGCUGAACCAGCUGGAAAAUCCACCAGAAAAGGAAGAGGACCAUGCCCCCGAAUUUAUCAAAGUUAGGGAAAACCUGCGGAGAAUCACCACGAUAACCAGUGAAGAGAGAGCCCUGUAGGGCCAGGUGGGGGAAGCUCUGGUCCACGAAACCGCCCCCCUCCCAGGCCAUCACACCCUCCUCCAGCCCUUCUGUAUCCAGCAGCCCUGGGUCCCCAGUCUCGGGCCAUCUGUGAUGUUCAUGCUUACUCUUGUGAAAUGCCCCAGCAGGCUUGGACCCCCCUUCCCACCCACCAAGAAGCUGGGGGCCCCAAAGCUCCCAGCUUCUUCCUUCUGAGCAUUCACCGCUUCUCCAAAAGGAAGCUGCUGCUCAGAAAACAUUCCCAAGGCACCUCUCCCUGAAGGGGCUUCUGAGCUCCGCUGAGAUUUUUCUGGCAGAAUUGGGAAGGAAAGAAAGGCACCUCUUUGGCCCAACUAGCCCUCCGUUUUGCCCGUGCCUCAUGGGCCCUGCUCUCAGAAAACUUCCCUGACUGUGGUUUACCUGCAGCCAGGUGUGGGGCAGCUAAGUGCUGCAGGUCAGCUUGAAAGCCAGCUGAGGGCAAUCUGGUUCAAGUGCAGCUGCCCUGGUGAGGAAGGGCGGGGCGGCCCACCGGGCAGCCUUGGGGCUCCCUCCUGCCAGAUUGCAAGACCACCACCGAGGACAGCUUCCCCUACACCAUGCUUUCGCUCUCUCCUCUCCAAAACCUCCCUGUCUGGGCCUUGUAAGGGCAUCUAACCAGGGCUGCAGCCUUCCUGCUCCCAGAAGUCUAGAACAGUGCUUCUCAAACUUUAUUGUGCCUGCGAAUCACUGGGGAUCUUGUUACAGUACAGCUUCUGAUUCAGUCGAUCUGGGGUGGGGGCUGAGAGUUCGCAUUCCUAACCAGCUCCUGGGCUGCUGGUCUGAGGCCCACACUGUAAGCAGCCACACAUGGUAAAUAGUGGAAACAUGAUCCCUGAAGCCACCUCUGCCCCCUAACUAACUGCCAUGAAUCUCUGCCCUGGGGGUGCCCUGCCUCUGCAGCCCCAGGGGCUCUCCAUAAUCCACCCCCUUCCAGGGCCCCAGACCUUGGAAGAGAGUUGCCGAGCAAAUUAUAUAUCGGUUGCAUAAUUGUCAUUGACACUGGAGAGGUAUAUCAUUGCCAAUCUGCAUUUUCUUACCACACUGUUCUGAUGUAACUCUAGCCAAAAGGAAUUUUUGUUUUGUUUUGUUUUACCUUUUCCUAAAGCCUACGGAGAACAAAUAUAGAGUGAUUUCCAGUGGGUUUCUGGAAAUAUGAACACUGGUCUGAAGACCCCACUGCUACCCUUACAGACUGGCUCCUCUGAGUCCGCAAUUCCAUCCCCUGCUCCAACUCCCUACUCGGUUUCUACUACCUGAGCCAGCUCCAGUGAAUUCACUUACUCUUCCUCAAAAAUCCCUCCCCACAGGAGACCAAGUGUUGCAACAUUUUGCUUCUAUCCCAUUGUUAAAGAUUCAGAGAAUAAACCAGGCUGGUUGUGUCCGCCCUCCCCACUCCCCAUGAAGAAUAAAAUCCCCACCUCUGACUUUGCAAACCUAUCAUUUAAGGUGAUAGGACAGUACUAGAAAAGCAUUUCCUUUCACCCCUCAAAACUGCGGGGGGACAAAGCUGCCACUGGAAUGCUAUUUUAUUCUUGGACCAAAAGUGGGACGUUCAGGAGGAAAGGGGUCAUCCUGGUCUUCACUCCUAACUGAGUGGUUUGAGGAUGACCAAAGAUGUUGCUCUUUUCAUGCGUGGGUGCCAGCCAUUGUGUAAAUAGACAUGCUGUGUGCUUGUGUGUGUGUGUGUAUAAAUGUAAGUGAGGCUCUAAAAGGCCCUUGAACGUGUCUUAAUGAGAACGUGGUGAUGCUAUUUUAGAUGUCUGCCAGGUGAGAGCAAUGCUAAAGCACAAUCCCCAAAUAAAGACCACCAUUUCCCCAAAGAAGUCUCCCCAGCAGUCUGUGUGGUGUUCAGACAUAUGAAGAGAAGCAAGACAGCAUCUAGGACGGAGUAGGCCCCUCAGAGAGAAUGCUUGAGACUUCACUCAGUGGCCCCCAGAGGUGCUCCAUGGAGAAGGCAAGCCAUGGGGAUGAAACCCCACAUGGUCUAGUGGAACCAUGGCAGCCACCCAUGUACAUUCCCCAUGGUCGGUCCCAGCCCCUUCAUUCCAGUUGCCUCCCACUGUAGAGGUUGUAAAUCCCAAUUCCCACUGUUCCAGCUUCCUUUGCAGCUUGGGGUGACAAGUGACCAGGUAUGGCCAGUGCAAUUUAAGAGGCAGUCUUACAGGGGCUUCUGGGAAAGUUUAUGCUUUUCUGAUAAAAGAGGCAGACAUGGGUAACACCUCUCUGCCCCUCCAUUCUUCCUGCCUUGAUUGAGGAUGUGAUGCCUGGAGCCCCAACAGCCACCUUGCUACAAUGAGAAAAAGGCCAAGAGAAUCUCACAGACACUGACCUACCCUACCAUCAUUUGACCAAGCUGAUGCCGGCAGCCAUACUCCUUCAGAAUUCUUGUAAAUAAAGUGAAAAUCCCCUUUGUUUAAAGCCA